AUGUCUGAAAAUCCGACGUGUCCAAUCAAUACUGUUCGAAAAUGCUCUUGCACAAGUGAUGGAGGUGAGUUAGGCUCGGCUUAAGGUCUGAAAUUAGGCCCAAAACUCCCAAAUUUUCAGCGCUAGCAUCCCCGGUUUCCACACGAAGACCCUCAAAAAUUCUCGACGAAUUCCACUUGCCCAAACAAUUAUUGGUGCAACAUCAUCACGAGGAUGGCUCUUUUAUGCGCAAUAUUUCGGCUACUGUAAGUUUUUUUUGGGGAUAAAAUUUGAAUUCCCCGACCUCAAAAAAUGUACCCAAAAUGUCACUUUCGAAUCCAAUUAAAAGAUCGUACGAUCAAAGGAAAUGGUUUCAUCGUCAUGCGCAAAAAUCAUCGAAAAAACGAGUUAACACAAGUCAUAAAAACCCAUAGAAAUACGGUAUAUUCAUUCAACACAUGCCUUCUUCAAGUUAACCAGCAGACACAUUUUAUUAGGUUCAUAAAAAACACACGACACACCGUGUACCCGGAAUGGACGGCGGGUUCGAAAACUAUUUUAGAACCCGUGGAUUUUUGAGAUCAGAAACCUGUGCUCUCCAAAUUUCGUACGCUCUUUCGUCGUGAAAGCGCGGGAAAAACGUUUUGUGGAAGGUUUUUCGAAAUAAAAAAUGUCUGCGUCUCUAGAAAACGUGUGCUCUCUAGCUAGAAGGAUUGGCUCUGCGUUGAGAUUUUUUGAAUGAAAAAUCGUUAUCCACGUGGCAAACAUUUUUCCAACUUUCGGAAGUUUUUUGCCACGUUUCAACGAAACUUUCAAUCAAAAAACCUUAAAGCAAACAAGUUCAAAAGUUCAAUUUCUUGCAAGCCAAGCCUCCUAGCUAGAUAGCACGCGAAUUCUAGAGACGCAGACAUUUUUUAUUUCGAAAAACCAUCCGCAAAACAUUUUUCCCGCGCUUUCACAACGAAACAGUGUACGAAAUUUGGAGAGCGCAGAGAUGUGUAGGGUGCACUAGGCUCCGCCUCCUCCACAUUUUUUCAUAUUGUCCGCAGUGCAUUUUCUUUCUAUAUAUUGUUUUUUGCUUUCGUUCUGCUGCUAACAUAAAGAAAAUGGCUUCGGCUGGUGUUUUGUACCCGGUUUUUAAUAGUGUCCCGAUUUUUGUGGAAGAUCCUGUGACUUUUGCCAAAGGUCCUAUUGAGGUUGGGAAAAUUUGCGGUUCUUUGAUAACAAAUAUGUAAUUUUUUUCUAGGAAUUGGUGCUUGAAGUGCAGGAAACUACAGCAAAUGCCAAGCAUUUGGGUCAACCGCAAGCACUUCCUGAAAGUCGCGUCUUGGUUUUAUAUACCGGUGGAACUAUUGGCAUGAAAUCUACGGAUGGAGGUAAAAUUCAAAUUUUAAAGCAAAAAUGCACUUCUUAUCAAUUUUGACCUUUAACUAUUUUUUUCAAAAUUGAAAUUGAGAAAAUUUUACUGACACCUUCAGGGCUUCUUAUACACACAUAUUUGCGCAGAAAAGAUCCGCUAAUGCGAUUAAAUUGGAAUUCAAUAGGUAGAGCAAAUAUUGAUGAUUGAAUUACGGUAGAGCUAUUCAAGGCGCAUGAAUGUUCUUUGCUCAUGGAAAUUUUCGAGCAAAAUCCUGUGUUUUCACAAGAAAACGUCUGAAAAUCGUGAAUUCUCAAGCAAAAAAUGCAAAAAAAUGAAAAUAAAAAGUCAAGGCGCACAGAAUUUCCCAGAUGGGUCUCGCCGCGACGUGUACUUCUCUCGGACUUCUUUUCAUUUUUUUUUUCGCGAAAAAUUUUCAUUUCCCAUGUUUUCAAUCAAAAUCCAAAGAUUUUUCACAAAAUUUUCAAUUUCCAGUGUAUUGCCCGGUUGCUGGCUAUCUCCCCGAAGUGAUCCGCGACAUCCCACCACUCAAUGAUCGUCAAUACAUCGAGGCAAACUAUGCGCAAGUCGCCGUUCGCCCCUAUUCCCUUCCACCAGUUCGACACAUGAAAAAACGAGUCGUCUAUUGGAUUGUCGAGUAUGAACCACUGCUCGAUUCAUGCGAUAUGACCUUUGAUGAUUGGAUUCGAAUCGCGUCAGACAUCAAAAAGGCUUAUCAUAAUUAUGAUGGAUUUGUGGUUCUACAUGGAACUGAUACAUUGGCUUAUACAGCCAGUGCACUGUCUUUUAUGAUGGAGAAUUUGGGAAAACCUGUGAUCAUCACCGGAAGUCAGAUCCCAGUUGCAGAAGUCAGAUCUGAUGGUAUGGAAAACCUCAUCGGCGCUCUGAUAACAGCGGGAAACUUUGAUAUCCCAGAAGUCUGUGUGUAUUUCAACAACAAAUUAAUGCGUGGAAAUCGAACUGUUAAAUUAGAUAACUCCGCUUUGGAAGCCUUCGACAGCCCAAAUAUGCAUCCAUUGGCAAAUAUGGCGAUUAAUAUCAAAGUCAAUUAUGAUUCGAUUUUCCGCAGUGAUAAUAUUGCGGCUUUUACUGUUCAUGAGAAUUUGUGUCGGCAUGUUGGAAUGUUACGAAUCUUUCCAUCGAUGACGAUUGAAUCUGUGAAGGCGUUUUUGGCGCCGCCAACUCAGGGUGUUAUUUUGCAGACUUUUGGCAGUGGAAAUAUGCCAACUAGAAGAUCGGAUAUUAUUGAAGCUUUGAAGGUUGGUUAAACUCGGGAAUCUAUGAUUUUAGAGUCUAAAAUUGAUUUUUUUUUUGAAGUUCCAGCGAAAAAUCAGCGAAAAUCCACGUUUUUAGCCCAAAAAAUCAUGAAAACCCCCAAUUUUCACCCCAAAAACCCUCAAUUUUCUCUCCAGGAAGCCAUCGAGCGCGGACUUAUGGUCAUCAAUUGCUCGCAAUGUUUAAAGGGACAAGUUGAUGUGAAUUAUGCCACUGGCAAGAUCUUGUAUGAUAUUGGAGUUAUUCCGGGAUCUGAUAUGACUUCGGAAGCCGCCAUGGCAAAGUUGUGCUAUGUUUUGGGAAAAGACGAGUGGGAUGCGAUGACUAAGAGAAUGGUGAGUGAUUUUUGAAAAGUUCGGUGGAGCUUUGCUUCAAAAUGUUGAAAAUCCGGUGAAAAUUGAGCUUUUGGUUGUGUAGUUCUCGAGGAUUAUCAUUAGAGCGCAUUUUCUCAUUGAAAAUCGGUGUACUUCUCAAGAAUUAUCAAUGGAGCGAGUUUUCUCUUGAAAUUUUGAAAAUCCAGUGAAAUUUGACCCCCAGGUUGUGUAGUUCUCGAGGACUAUCACUAGAGCGCAUUUGCUUCAGAAAAAGCGAUGUGUAGUUCUCGAGGAGUACAUUGGAGCGCGUUUUCUCUUGAAUAUUCGAGAAUCCGGUGAAAAUUGAGCUUUUUAUUGUGUAGUACUCGAGGACUAUCAUUAGAGCGCAUUUUCUCUCGGAAAUUCGAAAAGCCCGGUGAAAUUUGAGCUUUUGGUUGUGUACUUAUCGAGGAGUAUCAUUAGAGCGCGUUUGCUUCUGAAAAAACACUGUGUAGUUCUCUUGGAUUAUCAUUAGAGCGCAUUUUCUCUGAUAAAAAGUGUGUACUUCUCGAGAAGUAUCAGUGGAGCGCACUUGACCCUUUUUUUUUAAUUCAAAUUUUUUUCCAGAUGCUCCAAACAAAUUUGCGAGGUGAAAUGACUGUUGCCAAUCAAGGAGCCAUGAGAGAAUUGGAUAUUAGUGAGUUUUUCGUGCCCAAAAUCUGAUCUACACUGUAUUUGGUGUCAAAAAAUGCAGAAAUUCAUCAAAAUCUAUGAAAUUUGAGCCGUAAAACCCAAAAAAUCCGGAUUUUCUUGCAGUUCCGCACAUUGCCAAAGUACUCCGCGUCUCGUCGUCUCAAGAAGUCCAACUGCUCCGCGAUAUCAUUCUCCCGCCACUUUUCUGCAAUGCCGCCAAAACCAAUGAUCCCAAAUUGCUCAAAUCACUCAAAGGAUCUGGUGUCAAUUUCUCGGCUCCUGACUAUAAUUUAAGAACUGCACUGCAUGUUGCAGCUUCAAAUGGAAAUUUGGAAGCGGUGAAUUAUUUGUUGACAAUUGGAACGAAUGUGCAUUUGAAGUGGGUUUUUGAGCGGGGGUUUUCGGGCUGGAAAGGCUGGGUUUAGGCCUGAAAAUCUGGAUUUUUGAGCUUAGAAAAGCCUAGAGUUAGGCCUGAAAAAGCCAAUAUUUAAUCCUGAAAAAGCCUAGAGUUAGGCCUUAAUAUGAGCCUAAGUAAGUCUAUAUUUGGGGUUGAAAAGGCCUAGUUUUUGGCCUGAAAAUUAGCCUAGAUUUAAGCCUAAAUAUGGACCUAGAUUCAAGCUUAAAAUGAGGUUAAAUAGGCCUAGUUUCUGCCUGGAAACUAGCCUAGAUUCAGGGCUCAGAACGAGCCUAAACAAGUCUAGUUUUAGGCCUGGAAAUCUGGAGUUUUGAGCCUAGAAAAGCCUAGAGUUAGGCUUAAAACUUAGCCUAUAUUGAGCUAAAUUCAUAUCUGAAUAUGCCUAGUUUUUCUCCUGAAAAUGAUCCUGGAUUCAAGCCUAAUAAUAAGCCUAAAAAUAAAAACCUAGGUUUGGGCCCGAAAAUAAGUCAAAAAUUUUAGAGUUAGGAGCUUAGAAUGAACCUAAUAAGCAAUCCUGGAUCCAAGCCUAAUAACGGGCCUAAACAAGGCUAGAGUUAGGCCUGAAAAUCUGGAUUUUUGAGCCUAGAUAAGGCUUGUUUUUUUUAAGCUGAAAAUAGGCCUAAAAAUGAGCCUGGAUUCAAGCCUAAUAACAAACCUAAAUAAGCCUAGAUUUAGGCCUGAAAAUCUGGAUUUUUGAGCCUGAAUGAUCCUUGAGUUGGCCUUGAAAAUGAACCUAUAUUCAAGCCUAAUAACGAGCCUAAAAAACCUAUAUUUAGGCCUGAAAAGGCCUAGUUUUUGGCCUGAAAAUAAGCCUAACAAGCGUAUAUUUCCAGAGAUAUGUUUGGCUACAACGCCUUGGUCUGCGCAGUAAAAGCUAAAAAUCUGGAAUGUGUUCGAGCAAUUCGAAACGCCGGCGGAUCCAUCGACGCCUAUUCGCAGAAAAUCGGAGUUGAGCUAUGUUUGGCGGCUGCGCAAGGCGAUUUGGAUCUUUUGCAGUGCUAUGAAGCGGCUGGAUGUCAAAUGAAUGAACAUGAUUAUGAUAAUCGCACGGCACUUCAUGUGGUGAGCGUUUUUUCUCGUGGGAAAUUGGGGAAAUUUGGGAUGGAAAAGCCUAAUUUGGCCUGAAAAAUUGGAUUAAAAUGAGCCUAAAUAUGGCUAGGUUUAGGCCUGAAAAGGCCUAUUUGUAGGCUUGAAAACUACUUCCAAAAUGAGCUUAAAAAUCCUGUUUCGGCCUGAAAACAAGCCUAAAUAUGGCUUUUUCCAGGCCGUCUCCCAAAACAAGCCCGAAAUUGUGAUCUACCUCCUCCAAGUUGGCCUAAAUCCCCUCGAAUCUGACGAUUUUGGCACGACGCCAAUUUCAGAAGCUCGCCGCAAAACAUUGGAUCACAUCGAAUCCAUUUUGACCACAUUUUCACCGCCUAUCAAUGGAAAUGAUGAUAGUAUCUUUAAAAUGGAGUGA